GCAGAGCCUAUGGAGCUGAAGCACUGAGCCAUUCAGUCCCCACCACCCCCCAGCUUCAGGUGAGAACAGCACGAAGCUGUCAAAGUGAGCUGGGCAAGUGUUAGGUGAGGGACUGCUUGUGGGCCGGGGGCAGCUGAGGGGAAGUAGGAGGGCUGCGAGACGGACACGCGACGCAGAACUCUCUCACAACUCACAACUUCUUGGUCCCUUGCUAACCAUGAACGCCGAGGAGCAGUACUACGCUGCCACACAACUCUACAAGGAGUCGUGCGUAUUUCAGAGGUGCCAGGUGCAAGAUUACAGUCCCAGUCCCCCGGCGUGUUUGUACAUGGGACGCCAGCCUCCGCAGCCGACGCAACCCCCUUAUCCAGGAACCCUAAGCGCCCUGGAACAGGGCAGUCCUCCGGACAUUUCCCCUUAUGAGGUGCCCCCGAUUACAGAGGACCCAGGGAUCUCCCACCUCCAUCUCCACCAUCCCUCUCAACUCCCUCACCCGCACCAGCAAACUGUUCCCUUCGCAGAUGGGACUGAGUCCGGGACGCUGGAGGAACCCAGCAGAAUUCAGCUGCCUUUCCCGUGGAUGAAAUCGACCAAGUCUCACGCCUGGAAAGGGCAAUGGACGGGCGGCUCCUACGUGGUGGAGCCGGAGGAGAACAAGCGCACGCGGACCGCCUAUACGAGAGCGCAGCUGCUGGAGCUGGAGAAGGAAUUCCUCUUUAACAAGUACAUCUCUCGGCCUCGCCGGGUGGAACUGGCCGUCAUGCUGAACCUGACCGAACGGCACAUUAAGAUCUGGUUCCAGAACCGCCGGAUGAAGUGGAAGAAAGAAGAGGACAAGAAACGAGGUGGAGUGACAGGGGCUGGAGCUGGGGCUGGCGGUAAGGAGCCAGAGCAGGACUGUGUGGUGUCAUCUGGGGAGGGGGCCAAAGAAGAGCUACCACCGCAACCUCCGGGGAUAUCCAUCCCGGCCUCGGCCCCUGCUGCCGCCUCUGCGCGGGAAGGGAGACUGCCUCCCAGCCUAAGCAUCUCUCUCCAGCCCCAGUCUCAGUGCUCCAGCGCCCAGGCCGCGCGGCCUCAGGAAUCUCGGUGAGAGCUUGGGCUCCUCUCGUAGCCCUUUGGGAAAGAAGAGAUCAGGACUAGGGAGCCCCGAGUGUCUGCCUGCUGGGGGGCAAGAGUCAGGAAGCAUUCCCUCCCCCACUCUCCACUUCUGGGCACAGCUACUGUCUGAGUAGAGAGGAGAGAGACUUCGCAGCCUCGUGCGCGCAAACUUGUGCGCAAACACCCGGAGAGAGAAAGAAACUGAAGUUUAUGUGUUUUUGUUUUUAAGAUUUAAGAUUCUUUUUCUGUUGUGUUUGGGGGCGACGGGAGCAAUGUGGUUAUGCUUUGAGUCACGGGCCUCCCAGGCGCCCCUGAAACUCCUAAAUAGGCUUCCCCGAGCAAGCUCCAGAGAGUCUCUGCUAGGAGCUUACCCUAGGAGCAACCUCUUCGAAA